AAAUACUAUGAUUUAAAAUACGUUAGAAACUUGCACUUAUCAUAAGAAAUAAACAAAUGUACUAUAAUAUUGUGUUGUUUUUAACUUAGAAUGACAAUAAAAAUAUUAUAUUUAAGCAUACGGAAGCACUGUAACUGAGUACGUGUAUACGCAAUUACAGUACAAUCAAAACAACAACACGUGUGUUACUGUUAAAACGUUGAAAAGCGGUUAUAGAGUCGUAAGUGUUUAUCCUUAUAGUUAUACCAUAUGCUUAUACUUAUAGUAGUGUCUAAUAAUGGGAAAGUUAACGAAACGGAAGGACAAGAAGAAACCAAAACGAGGACACAAAAAAGGACCAGCACUACCCAUUGACGAUGAAGAGCAGGAGCAUGACGUGCAUGAUGCAAAGAAGUCUGCAAAAGCUAGAAAAAAAUCGGCAUCCAAGUUUGGAGUUGAUUCUUUAUUACAAAAGGCGCAAGAAUGCAUAGACAGGUUUGACAAUGACGUAGCGAAAAAGUUUUGUGACAGAGCUUUGGCCAUAGAACCAGACAACGUAAAUGUUCUUGAAACAACUGCAUCAUUAUUGCUGGAAACUGGGCAGGUUGAACAAGCUGUAAAAUGUUUGCAGAAAGCAGUGAAACUGAAUCCCAAUGCUGGCCAUACAAAAUAUUUGAGUUUAGGCCAGGUGCUGGAGGGUGAAGAGGCUUUAAAAAGUUAUCAGAAAGCUGUGGAGCUGCUGCUAAUGGCUAGAGAAGCAACUACCACUGCUGAGGUGGCAGCAUCAGCUAGUUCAAGUGCAGCCUGCAGUGUAGCCUCCAGUUUAGCCAGAGAUAUAUCAUCAGUAUACUGUUCUAUUGCUGAACUAUACAUGACAGACUGCUGUUUUGCAGAUGAUGCAGAGCACAAAUGCAAAGAUUACAUUGAGAAAGCUAUAGAGAUUGAUCCUACUAGUCCUGAGGCUUACCAGCUGAAAGCCAGCUAUUUUAUCACUAUUGGUUGUACACAGGAUGCUAGAACUUCCAUGGAGGAAAGUUUGUCACUAUGGUUGCCUGCAAUGAAACAUCUACAGGAAGGAAAACUGGCUGAAACUGACAAAAUUGAUCCUGUUGAGGUCUGUCCUCUGAGUAUACAAAACAGAAUAUCUGCAGCACAACUGCUUAUUGAGCUAGAGAAAUAUGAUAAAGCAAGUGAAGUGUUGGAUCUGCUACUGGAUGAAGAUGAGGACAUUGUCAUGGCUUGGUAUUUGCUCGCUUGGCUUAAUUAUCUGAAAGGUGAAGACUAUCAUGGAAAUGCAAGGUUUUAUCUCAUAAAGACCAAAAAGGUGGCAUCAAAGGUUGGCUUCGAUGACGAGCAAGUUUUAGCACAUGUUGAAGAGCUGAUGACGGAACUUGAACCCGAGGAUGACGAUGGUAACCAUGGCGAUGACGACAAUGAUGAUGACGAUGAUGAUGCUGUCGACGUCAGUACGGCGAAGGAUGAGGAGAUUGAGACUGAUUCCGAGGAGGAUGGAGAGGACAUGGAACACUGACACCACCUAAAACGAAUCUCCAUACGAUUUGCGUGCAUGACUCGAUUGAAUGUGGCGGCCGAUUACCACCAUUUUUUUACCAACUUGCCAACCACUUUGUCUGUCUCGAACAAUUAAAUGUGUGUGAGUAAAAUUGCGCAAGACAUGACGAGAUUUACGAUAAAUUAGCGUUGUUUUAUUAAGCUACUGCGCAGAAAACUUUCACAUAGAUACCAUUAACACAGACGCUUCAAUGGACUGAGCGCGCAUGCGCAGUCAGCACGAGUGACGUCACUGAUGGGAAUACUUCCCGUGUGAUAGGUAAUCAAAUUUUGUAUAAAUAAUUGGAUUUGGUAUUA